AUGGGCGUGCCUGCUGCACGAGGUUCUUCACGCCAAAGCUCAGCAAGAUGGGGUUCAGUACCAGUUUGUUUGGUAAAGGGUAAUAAAACUGGUUAUCUACCUGUUGGAAUACUCCAUAUCAUAUUAUCCGAGGCGGCGCCGGCGUUACCAGCUAAAUUGUCAUCUGUGUCUGUGUUUGGCAUAGGCGCGGAGGCAGCACUACUUCCUGGUAAUGGAGAAUUUGUACCAGAAGUAACGGAUAACUCAUCGUCAUUGGUGUCUGCGGUUUGCGCAAGCAUGGGGGAGGCAGUAGGAAUUGACCGCUCGGAGAUGCCGGCCGGUGCAGAUGUCGCUUUGAGCCGGGGCGACAGAAUCUGUGAAAUUUGUGGCGAUGAAAUACGUAAAUCGGGUGGUAUUACGUGCGAUGCAGAAAAUUGCAGUAUAUCUAUUCAUACAAAAUGUUUUGAGAAUAUCGCUAAGUUAUUCUUCACCGAAAGGAAAAAUUGGAGGUGCAAAGGUUGUACCAUAAAGUGCAAGUCGACACCUAAUACUCCAGCGACUGACGUUAUAGUGCUUCGUCAUGAAGUAGAAUGCCUCAAUCGUGAGAAAGAGUUACUAGUGAACCUUAACAGUGAAUUAAAAUGCAACAAUGAGCUCCUCAAGGAAAAAUUAUCAUUUACAAGCAGUGAAUCAUCAUCCUACGCUGCAAAAACAAGGGGACCAUUUCUUAACCAGGCAAACACAGGUACUGUUUCUUGUAGCACAGCCAAAAAAAGUCAAAAUAAACACAUACUAUCAUCAGCUGGGAUUAUUGUUAAAUCGAACAAUAACUCGAUAGCUAAUACUGACGUGUUGAAUGAUAUUAAAAAUAAUAUUAACCCCAAGGAUCUUCAACUGUGUUUAAGUGGUAUCAAGAAAAUUCGCAAUGGUGUAGUUAUUUGCUGCGAUGAUGACAAAUCGUUGGUAAAACUAAAGGAACAUGUUUCUAACAAAUUAGGAAGGAAAUAUGAAGUUAGUAAUACUAAGCUGUAUAAUCCCCGAAUUAUGGUUAAAAAUAUUCAGGUUCCUGAAAACUCCAGUGUCGCUGACAUUAUUGACAAUAUUUCAUCUAUUAAUGACCUUCAAGAUCUACAAAAUCGUGAAAUUAAAUUUGUAACGAAAUUAAACUACCCUAACGCUACACAUUUGGUACUUGAGGUGUCACCUGAGUUGCUGUAUCGGAAACUUGGUUGUCCGAAUGUACUAGCUCUGAAACUGUUAAUAUCCCUGGCUUCAGCUUUUGUAGAAAUGAUAGGGCAUCCCGUGGUGGUGGUGUCGGUAUUUAUAUUAGAAGCAACAUCAAAUUCGAGAAUCGGAGCAACAGUACCAGAAUACAAUCACAUAUUAAGCUUCAGGAGGCAGGUAUAUAUUACACCUCUAGAAUCUAACCAAAUACCUGAGUCCAUCGAAAUCACUCACGAUAGUCUAUCAUAUCGCAUCUUCUUAUCGCUAGACAGUCAGAAAUGUUUUAAAUGUAAACUUUCUGGUCAUAUUGCUUCACACUGUCCUUCUGUAAACAACACACCACUGACAAAUAACAGCAACACACAAUAUAGUCAGCCAGAAAUUUCAGCCACCGAAACCACUCAAAGGAUAGAACAGAAUCAUAGCAAAACAACAGUUUUUCUCCCUUCAUCUCAACCAAGCAACAAGGAAAUACCAGUACAGACAUCCAACACCUCACAUGAACCACGAAGCGUAUACUCACAAAGAAAAGCCCAAAGUGAAUCUGGAGAGCCAGCUGGUCAGUUUAGGUCUCCACCUUCUCCGGAAAUAAUUGUUGUGCGGUACCGCUGUCUUGUUAAGACCAUGUUUCUUGAUCAGAGCCAUCAAAUUCUUAUAGGUACCAAAAAAUCUCGAUGCGUUGCACAAUAA